AUGAUGCCGAGUCCGGAUCCGGUCACUGACGCAGCGUGGCCACCGAGGCCGCGCUGCCUGACUUGUAAACGCCGAAAGGUGAAAUGCACCGGAGGCCCAGAGCCAUGUGAGAACUGUCGCCGUCUGCGGCUGGGUUGCACGUUCAACUACCCAGAGUCCACAGUCACGUCGGAGCCCGGCGAUCCACACAACCUUUUAACGCCCACAGAAACGCUCACCGAGGCCGGGACCAAGCGGCGACGCAUCGCAGCUGCGUGCACAGAGUGCCGAGUCCAGAAGGCAAAGUGCUCUGGUCACCGUCCGCAAUGUUUUCACUGUAACAGGCGCAACCUCACCUGCGUGUACCCUUCAUCACCAUCAAGACGGAAAGGGAGACAGACAGGUUGGCAGCCGCAGCAGUCAGCCUCCCCAGAGUCAUCCAGCACUUGCACUCUCAGCCAAAGCGCGUCUUACGAAGCCGAGUCGACUCUGCACAACUAUGUCAAGCCUCCAUCGCUCAAUACAUCUCUUGACCAGACACUGCUGAGCACAGACGUCAUUCGCCAACACCUCGAAGUCUUUUUCGAUCACGUCUACCCCCUCGGCUACGACUUCUUCCACCGUCCGUCGAUGAUGGAAGAGUUCUACGCCGGGAAACUUCCCCCCAUCCUAUGCACGUCCAUCUGCGCGGCAGCAGCAAUAUUUGUGUCGCGCUCCCGUGAGUCGCGUGUGCUUUCUAUCCAGUGGGCCAAGGAAGUCGACGGCUACAUCUUUGCCAACCUCAACGUCUUCAAGAUUCUAAAUAUCCAGUUAAUGGCACUGUCCAAGUUUCAGAACUUUGCAUACCGGCAAUUCGGCAAGGUAUGGCUGCUCAUCAGCACUGCGGCCAGGUUGUGUGUGUCUUUUCAGCUCAACGAUGAAAGGCCGUUACCGCCUGACGCCGAUACUUCAACCGUCAUUCGGCGUGAGUGUGAAAGACGGCUCGUGUGGCAUGUCUGGUGGAUGGACAAGGGGCUUUCCGCAGGCUUCGACGAGUUUACCUGCCUGCCGAACCGGUGGAUGCGGACGCCGUUGCCCAACCCCGAACACACAUUCCGCCACGGCCUAUUGAAGCAGACGAGUAAGCUAAGUGAUGGUGUCGAGGCACUUGCGGUACAUGAUGCUGGGGCGAGAGCUUAUUUGAUGAUACUAUUUAGUCUUCGCUGUGAUAUACUUAGGUCAACCAAAGCUAUCGUCUUAGAAAGCCAAUCCGAUUCAUCUCCUGCCGUAGUAGCCAAGGCGGUCGCCACAUUGAAUCACUUAAAAGAGAGACUGGCAAACUUCCUUCAUCACAUGCCGUCACAUAUUCAACCUAGCGAGCUCAACAUGUUUUCUCACUCGACUACACCCGAGUUUUCAGCCUACAUCACUCUGAACUCGUGGUAUCUGCAAACUUGCUGUGACCUGUACCGUACCUGCCUCCCUGGUCGUGCAAGGGAGAGUGCAGCAGCAGCCUUCAUCGCCAAAGCGCCCCCGGAUUUUGUGUCCUCCUGGCGGGCCCUGGCCAUUUCUCAUGCGCUGCGGAUGGGGAGAUUAUGGGAGCACCUCCAAGCACUCCGGUCUAAAGGCGCGCUGCAUUCCAAGCAGACUCGUCUACCCAUCGGCCUUGGGUACGGUAACAUGGUACAUCAAUGUACAAAGACGAUUCUGACUGCCCGUCGAUACCGCCUAUACGACAACCUCAUCGACCCCAUCACCAAGAAACCCGUCGAACUCAACGAUGACAUGGUGGAUGACCUGUGCCAAAGCAACGCCGCCUUGCUGGAUGACAUGUCCAACAUCGCGCCCAUAAUAGCGGUGCUGCAGCAAGACGUAAAGAGCAUGAUUGAGGACGAGAAGAAGAACAGGCACGUCACAGGCGAAAGCCCGGAGCCAGCGGCACCCAUCAGCAGCGAAGUCCAACGCAACACCCUCCUAAGCAGAUACCACCCGCUCUCGCAAAGCUUCGACGCAAACGCCAAGACGGUGGACGAGGUCGCCAUCCAGCAUUCCGACUCUCCUCAAUUAUCAGCCCGGGCUCUGGCCCCGAGCCAAGGGGACGACGUCGCGAUGACGGAUGACGCCGCAGAACGGGAAUCUUCACACUACCAGAUGCACGCCCCCAGCGACAUUUACCAAUCAUCCUCGGUCCAUCCGAUCGCGUUGGGCCAGAUAGACUCUUGUCUUGAUGGCCCGAUGAGAUGGUCCGGCUUCGCCGAGAAUCAGCUUGCGCAGGAUUACUAUGUUGCUCCUUCGCAGUUCGACAUGAGUGGCGAGCUCAGCUGGUUUCUGUCCAGCUAUCUGGAUCCGGAUCCCACAAAUGAUCCAAGAAUCCAGGUAGCGUCGUAA